UUCGGGGAGUGUCUGAAGGAGAGGGGGGUGGUGGUAGGGUUUGAUGCCCGUGCCCACCCUCCCAGUGGAGGCAGCAGUAGACGUUUUGCCAGCCUGGCGGCCGCUGUGUUCACCUGCCAAGGAGUACCUGUCCACCUGUUCUGUGACAUCACACCCACACCCUUCGUGCCCUUCGCUGUGUCUCAUCUGGGUCUGUGUGCUGGCGUCAUGGUAACCGCCUCCCACAACCCCAAACAGGACAACGGUUACAAGGUGUAUUGGGAGAACGGUGCCCAGAUCGUGCCGCCCCAUGAUAAGGGCAUCUCUGUAGCCAUCGAGGCUAACCUGGAGCCCUGGCCUGAGUCCUGGGACAUAACCUCUCUCUCUCACAGCCCUCUGCUGAAGGACCCGUUCCAAGACAUUCACACAGAAUACUUCAGGACCGUCCAACAGCACUGUCACCACAGGGACAUCAACAAGAGUUCAGAGGUGAAGAUCGUGCACACCUCCGUGCACGGAGUCGGACACGCCUUCGUCCAAUCAGCUUUCAAGGCCUUUGACCUCCGACCCCCGUACGCCGUAGAGGAGCAGAAAGACCCUGACCCGGAGUUCCCCACCGUCAAAUACCCCAACCCUGAGGAGGGGAAGGGGGUCCUGACCCUGUCGUUUGCCCUGGCGGAGAGGGAGGGAGCUACUGUAGUUCUGGCCAACGACCCGGACGCUGACCGCCUGGCCGUUGCUGAGCAACAGAAAGGUGGUCAGUGGCGUGUGUUCAGUGGUAAUGAGUUGGGGGCGUUGCUGGGUUGGUGGGUGUAUCAGUGUUGGAAACAGACCAACCCAGACCAGUCUACCGUCAAGUCAGUCUACAUGUUGGCCUCCACCGUCUCCUCUAAGAUUCUACGAGCCAUCGCUCUCAAGGAGGGCUUCCACUUCGAGGAAACUCUGACUGGGUUCAAGUGGAUGGGCAACAGGGCCAGAGAGCUGCUGGACCAGAACAAGAUGGUUCUGUUCGCCUUCGAGGAGGCUAUAGGGUACAUGUGUGGUUCUGCCGUGCUGGAUAAAGAUGGGGUCAGUGCGGCAGCCAUCGCUGGGGAGAUGACAUCAUACCUGGCCGCAAAGAACAUCACACUGUCACAACAACUCACUGCUGUCUACGAGGAGUAUGGGUACCACAUCACUAAGAACUCCUACUUCAUCUGUCACGACCAGGCAGUGAUCCGGGCCAUGUUUGACCGGCUGCGUCACUACGGUAACCAGGAGGAUGUGUCAUACCCCAGGCAGUGUGGAGGCGUCGCCAUCACCGCUGUACGAGACCUCACUACUGGAUACGACAGCAGCCAGGCGGACAACAAGGCUGUCCUCCCCUCCUCCCCCAGUAGUCAGAUGAUCUCGUUUAGUUUCUCUAACGGGGGCGUGGCCACCAUGAGGACCAGCGGAACGGAACCCAAGAUCAAGUACUACACUGAGCUGUGUGCUGCCCCCGGCAACAGUGAUGUUGAAGGUUUACAGAAGGAGUUAGAUGACCUGGUUACUGCCAUCGUAGAGGACUUCUUCCAGCCCCAGAAGAAUAACCUGCUGUCCAAGCCUGAGUAGCACACAUCAGUGGCUUGUAAACACAAAGACCCGCGCUGGUUUGACUUCCUGAUCAAGAUUCCCUUUCAGACAUUCUUCUUCCAGAACUCACACACAUUCUAGAACUCACACACAUUCUAGAACUCACACACAUUCUAGAACUCACACACAUUCUAGAACUCACACACAUUCUAGAACUCACACACAUUCUAGAACUCACACACAUUCUAGAACUCACACAUAUUCUAGAACUC